CGCUUGAUAGAAAAAGAGAGAGAGAUGUGCGCUCCUCCACUCUUUCCCUUCCCCCGCCUCUCUCUCCUCUCUCUCUCUCUCACUCUUUCUCUCUCUCUCGUUCUCGAAACCCUAGAAGUGGGGGGUGGGAGACACGAUCGGAUCUUGGAUUCGCCUCCGCCACUCGGGAAAGAAUCCUCCGAUCGGAUCGAUCGGCAUCGGAAUCGGAAUCGGAAGAUUUAGGGCGUUUGGGAGGAAGAGUUUGGGGUAAGGGCGAUGGAGAGCGCUCGGGAUGCUCGCCGGCGUCGGAUCUUGGAGCGGGGAUCGAACCGCCUCGCGUUCAUCACCGGUGAAUCCCCAUCCCUGCCGCCCAAGCCAGAAGACGAAGUGGAACGCGGUCCCAAAACCACCACCGUUGCUUCGCUUAGUGAGAACGGUACUCCUGUAAUUGAGGCUGCCGAGCAAUGGAAAAAUAAGGAAGAUGAAGCAUAUCAAGGGGUUGUUGAUACUGGAGAUAUCUCUGAGAAAUCCGAGCAAACGGAUCAAACCCCUGAACCUCAUUUAAAUGAUGAAAUCAUGAAACAUGGGAUAAAAAAUGAUGCUCCCACACUUGACGCUACUACCAGCUCUUCACUCAACAGGCUGAACAUCAUCAAUGACAAAGAAGUGCGUACCUCUUCAGUGGCUCACAGCCAACCUGAUCGACGACUUCCUGGAACAGCUCUUACUCCUUCAGUCGCCCAUUCAAAGAAUCACUCCAUUUUCACAUGGAGUAGAAUAAGCCAUUCCAUUUCAGCUUCUGAAAACAUCCGUUUGCUUUCGGCCGUCGCCAUAGCCUUUUUGGUGAUCCUGUCAAACCAUCAGUAUAAUAUCAGCGGUGGACUUUUUAGAGGUAUGAUAUGUUCUAGGCCGCUUUUACUCGUCUUACUCACUGAUGCGUCCAUUGUUCUCGGUCGGUUGAUGGUAAUUAAAAGUAAUGAUCAAAAGGAGGAGAAAACGAGGGCUAGAAACAACGAUAACGGUUCGGCAGACAGCAUUGGAAGAACCUUGGAGGUUGGGUUGGUUUUCCAAAAGGCCAUGAGAUCCUUCUUUAUGGAUUGCAUCAUAUGUGCUGUUAUAAUGAUCUGUGGUCUUAAGUAGAGUUUAAGCUCUCUAUCCUCAUCCUUUUUCCCUUUUUUCUUUUGUAAAUUUUGCGAUGUCUUCAUCAUGAAGGUUCUUAACUCUUUCGCCUACUUUUUUUUGCUAUUUUAACUAGAAAGAGAUGCAGAUUUGUUGCUUUAUCAUCUCUUUACACUGUUUUGCUAACAUUUCCCAUGCAUGAUAUAUGAUUUACUAAUUGAGAAA